AUGGACAUGGCGGAUACCAUUCUCUGUUGCCUGGUGACCUACCUGGAAGAGUUGGAGUGUGGGGAGCUGAGCAAGUUCAAGAUGUACCUGGGCCUGGAGGCUGAGAGGGAGGGUGAGGAGAGGGUGCCCCGGGGCCGAAUGGAGAAGGCAGGACCCCUGGACCUGGCCAAGAUCCUGGUGGCCCAAUGGGGCCCUGCCGAGGCCUGGGAACUGGCCCUUCGCGUCUUCAACCGCAUCAACAGGAAGGACCUGUGGGAGCGAGGAUGCCAAGAGCCUCUGGUGAGGGAUGCCCCACGCUCCUUGGAGCUCAUUGCCUUGGACUCCUGCAGGCGAGUGUCUGGAAGCUUGGCCGGGGCCUGUCCGGGAGCCCCAAGCAAAGAUCCCCAGGAAACAUACCGCGAACACGUCCGGCGCAAAUACCGCUUCAUCGAGGACAGGAACGCCCGCCUGGGAGAGCUUGUGAACCUCAGCCAGAGAUACACGCGGCUGCUCCUGGUGAAGGAACACGCCACCCUGAUCAGAGCCCAGCGCGAGCUCCUGGCCUUGGGGCGGCAGCAUGCUCUGUGCCUGGACCAGCGGGCCAGCCCCAUCCACAUAGAGACCUUAUUCGAGCCCGAUGAGGAGAGGCCGGAGGCGCCCCACUCCGUGGUCCUGCAGGGGGCCGCCGGGAUCGGGAAGUCCAUCCUGGCCCAGAAGGUCAUGCUGGACUGGGCCGAGGGGCACCUGUACUCGGACCGCUUCGACUACCUCUUCUACGUGAACUGCCGCGAGAUGAACCAGGUGCGGGAGAGGAGCCUGGAAGACCUGAUUUCCUUGUGCUGGCCGGAGAGGAACGUGCCCAUUUCUGAGAUCGUCCGAGUCCCGGAAAGGCUCCUCUUCAUCAUCGACGGCUUCGACGAGCUGCAGCCUUUCUUUCACGAGCCCACGGACUGCUGCUGCCUGCGGCAGGGCGAGAGGAGGCCGGUGGAGGCCCUCCUGAGCUGUCUGCUCACCAGGAAGCUGCUUCCCGAGCGGUCGGUGCUGAUCACCACGAGGCCCACCACGCUGGAGACCCUGCGCCACCUGCUGGAGCACCCCCGGCACGUGGAGAUCCUGGGCUUCUCCGAGGCUCAGCGCCAGGAGUACUUCUACAAGUUCUUCGGGAACGAGGAGCAGGCGCGGCAGGGCUUGGCUGUGGUGCGCGACAACGAGCCUCUCUUCACCCUGUGCUUCGUGCCGAUGAUGUGCUGGAUCGUGUGCACCUGCCUCAAGCAGCAGCUGGACGUGGGCCGGCCCUUCCCGCACACCUCCAAGACCACCACGGCCGUCUACAUGUUCUAUCUGCUGAGCCUGCUGCAGCCCAAGGCGGGGGGCUCCCGGGCCCAGCCGCCCCCCAGCCUCAGGGGCCUCUGUUCCCUGGCGGCCGCCGGCCUCUGGCGCCAGCGGAUCCUCUUCGACGAAGACGAGCUGCGCAGGCACGGCCUGGAGGCGGCCCACGUGUCGGCCUUCCUCAACAUGAACGUCUUCCACAAAGACAUCCAGCGCGAGAGAUACUACAGCUUCAUCCACCUGAGCUUCCAGGAGUUCUUCGCCGCCAUGUUCUACGCCCUGGAGGGGGAGCUCGGGGCCUCUCCGGCCGGCCUCACCGGGCUCCUGGACCACUACGCCAAGUGUGAGAGGAGCUCCCUGGCGCUCGCCGUGCGCUUCCUCUUCGGGCUCCUCAACGAGGAGACGCGCGGCUACCUGGACCGGCGGCUCGGGUGGAGGAUCUCUCCGAGGACCAAGAGGGACCUGCUGCGAUGGAUCCGGGCCAAGGCCAGGAGCGAAGGCUCCACCCUGCAGCGGGGCGCCCUGGAGCUCUUCACGUGCCUCUACGAGAUUCAGGAGGAGGACUUCAUCCAGAGGGCGCUGGACUACUUCCAGGUGGUCGUGGUCAGCGAGAUGGCCACCAAGAUGGAGCACGUGGCCUCCUCUUUCUGCGUGAGGAACUGCUGGAGCGCCCUCGUGGUGCACCUGUGCAGCGCCCCGUUCAGUGCCGACGGGGAGCAAGAGCCAGAGGGAGCGGAGGGACCCCAGAACCAGCCUCUGAAGCCGUCGGAGAAGAACAUCCUGCCGGAGACCUACUGUGAGCAUCUCGCUGCUGCCCUCAGCACCAACCGCAACCUCGUAGAGCUGGUCCUGUACCGCAAUGCCCUGGGCGACCGCGGAGUGAGGCUGCUGUGCCAGGGGCUCCGACAUCCCAACUGCCAGCUCCAGAACCUGCGGCUGAAGCGGUGCCGGAUCUCGGCCGCGGCCUGCCAGGAUAUCGCGGCCGCCCUCGUGACCAAUCCGAACCUGAUCCGGCUGGACCUGAGCAGGAACGUCCUGGGAGCGGCGGGCGUGCGGCUGCUGGCCGGGGGGCUCCUCCACCCCAGGUGCCGCCUCCAGAUGCUGCAGUUGAGGCGCUGUCACGUGGAUGGAGAAGCUUGCCAGGAGCUCUCCAAGGUUCUGAGCACCAGCCAGCACUUAGCGGAGCUGGAUCUGACCGGCAACGCGCUGGGGGAGUCGGGGCUGCAGCUCCUGUGUCCUGGGCUCGGCCACUCUGCCUGUAAGCUGCAGACGCUGUGGUUAAAGAUCUGCCAUCUGACACCCGCUGCCUGUCAGAACCUGUCCUCCGUCCUCAGCACCAACCAGAGCCUGACUGAGCUGGACCUCAGUUUAAACGACCUGGGAGAUGCGGGGGUGACGUCCCUCUGUGAGGGAUUGUGCCAUUCUAAGAGCCAACUGCACACGCUGCGGUUGGGCAUCUGCCGCCUUACCUUUGUCUCCUGUGAGGCUUUGUCCACCACCCUCCAGUCCAACGUUCACCUCAAGGCCCUGGAUGUGAGUUUCAACGACCUCGAAGACAUGGGGGUGCAUCUGCUCUGUGAGGGUCUGCAGCACCCCACCUGUAAGCUGCAAAAGCUGUGGCUGGACAGCUGCUGCCUGUCGGGGGCCGCCUGCAGGGACCUCGCCUCUGCCCUGGGCGCCAACCAGACCUUGCGGGAGCUGUACCUCACCAACAACGCUCUGGGGGACGCAGGGGUGCAACUUCUGUGCCAGAGGCUGAGCCAGGCCAGCUGCAGGCUGCGGACGCUGUGGUUGUUUGGGACAGAACUGACCGACGGCACCCAGCAGGCCCUGGCCGCCCUCCGAGGGUCUAAGCCGCACCUCGACAUCGGCUCCUGAGGGGCUCUGGCCAGGGAUGGCGCCAGCGCCCCACACGAGGGAAGUCAGGGCCCGACUCUGAUAGCACCGGACCCCAUCGCACAGCCCGGGCUCCCCAAAUUUUCUCUCCUUUGAUCAGGAAACACUGGAUGAGCCCCCCUUGCAGGCACUGCCACUCCCGAGAGUCCCGUCGUGGGUCCGAUGGCGGACAAGAUGGGCUUGGAGAUCACUGCGAAUCCGAAGGGUUUCGAAGGAGGCGGCGUCCCCCGAGCCCCCUUCUGGCCUGGAGAGUCUGUCCCAAAGAGACUGGACCGGAGGAUCUCCGACGUUCCAGCUCUGAGCCUCCAGGGGUGAACCUGCCCUCAACGACCCUCCUUCCGGUUUGGAGGCCACAUUCCGGCCCAGGCACAGCUCUCCGCAUCAGGAAGUCCCGCCGGGGUCCGGGGCAGAGUCGCCUUCCUGAAUCCGCCUAGCCUGGGAUGUCUGCCAUCAGCAGGAAAUGUCUGCGAUUCCAGCCACAGCCUCACACUGUGAGGGCCAGAAGGGCCUCGGAGUUCCUGUAAGGCCUGGCUGGACAGAGAUCCAAGGCCCAAAGAGAAGAGGGAGAGAGGACCUUUGGGGGCCUCCGUCCAGCCCUCUCUUCUUAAGGAGGGAGAAGCCCAGGAGUCACGUAAGUGGCGCAGGAAUGGAAGCCGCGUCUGCGGCUCCACUUGGCCUCCCACAUCAAUACUUAGUGAGCUUCCAGGGCUGGCGUCACCAUUGUCGGCCUAACUAGGAAGAACUCUACCCGCUCUCUCAUCUCAGCCUCAAGGCACCAUGGGAACCCGGGGCAGCCCUGAGGGAAUUCAGAGCUUGGAACAGAGCGGAGAAUCCGGCCACGGACCCCAGUGCACCCCACGAACAGCAGGAGAGGAAACGGGACCGGCGCGGCGCCCUGGGGAAGAGACGAGGUUCACACCUGGUAGGCAGAGAGUGGGGGCAAGCCCGGGGCAGCCAGGCUUCCGGCACCGAGAGGUCGCAGCCUUUACAGCUCUGGUCCUCAGGCCCCCACCAUCCAGCAGGGCCGCUAAUGGGCCCCGGGCUCUAGACAAGGCCAAAGCGGUCCCCCGUUCCGGGCCGUCUCCUCUGCCUUCUAACCGAAGCCUCGCACCUUCACACCUCCAGUCCUCCACUUUCCAUCUUGUCCUGGAGCGCCAAGUCUAUGGACGGUUCAGACGAGGCCUCAGCCAGGGUUGAACUGUCCCCCUCCUACUGUCAAAGGAGCCAGGUUACAGCCUCGGGGCCCCUCCACUGCUCCCCAUCCCCACAUCCUUGAUGGAUCCCUUCUCACCCCCUGCACCCGGCUGGGGGAGGAGGCGUCUGUCGGCCCCGUCUCUCCCGACUCCGUCCAGUACCGUUCAGCUGCCAAAGUGAUGAUCUCAGAGCUCCGCCUGAUCAUGUCAUUCUCCUACGCAGGCAACUUCAGUGGUUCCCUAUUGCCUCCACGAUCAAAUACAAAGUCCUCUGCUUUGACAUUCGUCGUCACUGUUUGGCCAUCUCAGUGGAGUCCGACUCUUUGUGAUCCCUUCUUUUUUGGGGGGGAUUUUCUUGGCGAAGAUACCGCAGUGGUUAGCCAUUUCCUUCUCCAGAUGAGGAAACUGAGGCAAAUAGGAUAAAGUGACUUGUCCAGGGUCACACAGCUAGGAAGUGUCUGAGGCUGGGUUGGAGCCAGAGCUCUAUCCUCUGUGCCCCUAGCUGCCCCAUUAAAUACUGUCCUUAAAAGCAU